AAAGAAAUCUGCACUUACUUUGCACUUAGUCAAAUUUUAUCCAAAAUGACAAUAUUCUUUAUAAUUUUGUGCUUACCAGCUUUAUCCUCAGUUCCUCACAAAGCUACAAAAUCUCUGUAAGCAUGGAGAUAAGGACAGAAAAGAUGGACUCUGUACCACAGUAGUGUCAGCUUGACGUGGUCAUUUGGAAAAAAGUGGGGUGGGAAGCCUCAGGAGUGGGAUCAUGUCUUCUUUUGCCUUCUCCUUUUAAAAGCCUUUCUUCUCUCUGGGGCUAUUGGCUUCAAAUCAUAUAUAGAGUUCUUUCUCGGUCUUUUUUGGAGAUAAGAGUAAACAACACAAUAACUUCAACUUUAGGAGAAGAUGUUAGAAGGAAAAGCUUUGAUUGAGGAUACUGACAUGCCAGCUAAGAUGCAGAUCCAAGCUAUGGCAUCUGCUUCUGAAGCUCUGGAUCUCUAUGAUGUUUUAGAUUACAAAUCCAUUGCUGCCCACAUAAAAAAGGAGUUUGAUAAAAGAUAUGGUUCUGGAUGGCAAUGUGUGGUGGGUUCAAGUUUUGGGUGUUUUUUCACCCAUUCCAAGGGAACUUUCAUAUACUUCACUCUGGAGACUCUCAAUUUCCUCAUCUUCAAAGGCCAGUAACAGAAAAAAAAAGUGCAGAUUUUUUUCCUUUAUCCUCUUCUCCACCUCUGUUCUUAGUUCCCUGGCCCUUUUAAAUAUGGUAACAACAUGGUAGGUUAGGAGUUUAUAUAAGGAGCAACUCUUGAAUCAUUAGUGAAUGGACCCUUGUAAUGUUUUGGAGAAUGCAUUAUGAUUUUGUAUAUAUGAUGAAGAAAUAGCUUAGUUCACUAGAUAUUCCCAUCAUACAGUUCUUCUUUUGAUUCUGCUUUGAGUUAAGUCACCCUUAUCUGAAUGUUCUGGAUGGUUUUGUUCUUUUUCGAGUAUAAGAGGAUAAAAAAUAAGGUGAGUCGAAAUCAGAUUAGAAGGAAAAGACUCAUGGAAUCUUAGCCAUGAUACUCUUGGUGUGGUGAGUGGGGCCAAAUAUCAUGUCUGUGACAUCAGUGACUUGCUUUCACUUUCAAAUGAAGGUGUAGAUUGAAAUACUAUAGAG